AUGGGGACUCUGGCGCUCGAACCCGAUGAUGUAAGCUCGGAUAUAUACCUUUCGUUGGGCCUUAAAGAUAUCGAUAAAGGUGUUGGAGUUCCACGGGUUUUGUCGCUUCUCUCUUCAGUUCUUGAGAGAUCAAUUCAGAGAAAUGAAAUGCUAUUGGAGACAGAACGUAUAGAAGAUGUUGUUACAGUUUUUCACGGUUUAAGAGCGCCUGCUCUGAGUGUUCGGAAGUACAUUGAUAGAAUCUUUAAGUACUCGAGUUGCAGCCCGUCGUGUUUUGUUGUCGCGCACGUAUAUGUGGAUAGAUUUAUUCAGCGCACAGAGAUUAAAUUGACCUCACUAAAUGUGCACCGGCUUCUCAUAACCAGCAUUAUGCUAGCCGCCAAGUUUAUCGAUGACGCAUUCUUCAACAAUGCUUACUAUGCUAAAGUUGGAGGAGUAAGUACAUCUGAGUUAAACAGAUUGGAAUUGAGCUUUUUGUUUGGUAUAGAUUUUAGGCUUCAGGUUAGUGUAGACACAUUUGGAAGAUAUUGUUUGCUAUUGGAGAAAGAAGGUUCAGAAACACUUCAAAUUGAAAGGCCAAUGCAGGCUUGUAGAAUUAAAGAAAGUUGGUCAAACAAAGAUGAGUCUCCAUGUGCUUCCACAAUUGCAAGAUGGUAG